UCAAUGUCACAAAGACCACCUGUCCCAUAAAGUAAUAUUAACAUAUAAAUCAUUAGAUUAAGCACCUCAACCAUAAUAAUACUAACCAGCUCCAUAAUAUGCCCCAUAAUAUGCUCCAUAAUAUGCCCCAUAAUAUGCUCCAUAAUAUGCUCCAUCAUUUGCUCCAUAAUAUGCUCCUGUACCAACCUAUGCUCCAUAACAAUAUGCUCCUGCUCCUAUUGCACCACUAACAUACAGUGUUGCUAGACCUGUGGCUCAACCAGUUGUUGCUCAACCAGUUGUUGCUCAACCAGUUGUUACUCAACAAAUUGUUGCUCAACCAGUUGUACAAGCCCCAGUUUUGUAGUAAUCAGUAAUUGCUCAACCAGUUGUUUAAUAAUCAGUCCAUGUAAUUAUAAUCAAAUCUAAAUUUUAAGGCAACAAUUAAAGGAGAAUCAAGAAUUGAAUAUAUUCCUUAUUAAAAGGCUGUUAUGGAAUAUGAAGAAUAAGAAGUUGUUUAAUAUGUUCCAAGAGAAAAGAAAGUCACAGAUUAUUAUGCAGUUGAAUAUUAGACUGAAUAUGUCCCAUAAGUCUUUUAAGAAAAAUAUACAGGUAUUAACAAUAAUUAAAUAUUAGAAUACGUACCAGUUGAUAGAUAUUAAGAAAGAGUUGAAUAUUAUCCAGUUGAAAGAUAAGUUGUUCAUGUAUAUAUUUUUAUAUCAUACUUUUAGCAAUAAGUUUAACCAGUAGUACAAUAAGUUGUCUAACAACCAGUUGUUUAAUAAGUUGUCUAACAACCAGUUGUUUAAUAAGUCGUUUAACAACCAGUCGUUUAAUAGGUUGUUUAAUAACCUCUUAGUGUUGUUUAACCAGUCUAAACUGUCCCAGUGACAUAUGCACCAUAAUAUGCUGCUGCCCCAAUUGUUUCAUCAAGAGUUAUUCCAUCAUACCCAUAAUAUCCAUCAUAUCCUUAAUACUAAUAAGCUCCUUAAUAUCAACCAGCUCCAUAAUAAGCUUAACCAUAAUAACCCCCAAGAUCUAAUUUGAAUGUUCAUUGAU